CAUUUACAAACGGCCGCCCACAAUAUGCAAAUGCCAUGCAGUGUACCAUUCCAACGUAGCAGGACCGGCAAUUUGCUGCGUGUCGAUGGAUGGCUUACUCAGUAAUAUAAUAUACGAAUCUGCUUGAUCUCAUUCCCAACCCUAGUAAACCUUGAUGCACACAUUGCAAUCGUCGCAGCCGUGAAGCUCGAAGAUGGCUAUCUCAUUGAUUGUUGUAUUUCUCACUGCUGCUCUUGUAUUUUCUACUUACAGAUUGGCCAAGAUUGGCAGGCGGCCAAAAGGCUACCCGCCAGGCCCUCCAACGCUUCCUAUUAUCGGUAAUAUUCAUCUGAUACCCAAAGAGAAGCCGCACCUUCAGUUUCAAAAAUGGGCCGAGGAAUAUGGCCCGGUCUACUCACUCAUACUUGGAACGAAGGUCAUGAUCGUCCUCUCAUCGGACCAAGCUAUCAAGGACUUGUUAGACAAGCGUAGCAACAUUUAUUCGUCACGGCCUGAUAUGUACCUCGGAGAUAUCGUCGGUGGAGGAUUUCGAAUGCUGUUGAUGAAAUAUGGCGAAACAUGGCGCAUGAUUCGCGGCAUUGUGCACAAUAGCCUGAACAUAAAAGCCGCGCGCACAUAUGUACCCUACCAAGACCUCGAGAACAAGGCCAUGUUGCUGGGGUUUUUGGAUUCGCCCGACAAGUUUAUCGAUCAUAUCCGACGUUAUACAAACUCCCUAACGACGCAGAUGAUAUUUGGGUUUCGUACGACCGAUAUCGACGAUCCCAAGCUUACGCAGCUUUACCAUGGUUUCGAGAAAUGGAGCGAGGUCAUGGGCAGCGACACAGCUGCAGUGCUAGACGUAUUUCCAAUACUUCAGCGUCUGCCAGAUGCGCUGCUGCCCAUGAGACGCUAUGCCAAGAAGCUCCACGAAAAGGAGUAUUCACUUUACAUAGGGCACUAUCUGGACACAAAACAGAGGCUCAAGGAAGGUAAAUCGAAGCCAUGCUUCUGCGUCGACCUUGUCAAAGCACAAGACGAGCAAGGCUUCUCCGAUGGUAUAGCUGGGUACGUUAGCGGAUCACUCCUCGAGGCCGGCUCGGAUACAACAUCCUCGACCCUGAUUGGCUUUUUACAAGCUUUAUUGAUAUUCCCAGAAGUCGUCCAAGCUGCACAGGCUGAGAUAGAUCGCGUGUGUGGAGACCGUCUGCCUGACUUGAACGAUCUUCCUGAUCUACCCUAUAUCAGGGGCUGCAUGAAAGAAAGCUUGCGGUGGAUGCCCACUGAUCCUCUGGGCGUACCUCAUGCUGUAAUUCAAGAUGACGAAUACUUAGGAUAUAAGAUACCCAAGGGGGCAGGGGUAAUGUGGAAUGUGUGGGCUGUCGCAAACGAUGCAAAACGUCAUCCAAAUCCACGAAAAUUUGACCCCACACGAUGGGCCGGCGACCAUCAAACAUCCGCACAGGCGGCAUCCAACUCCGACCCAUCCAAGCGAGACCACUUCGUUUUCGGCGCCGGGCGACGUUUGUGUCAGGGUAUGCACAUUGCUGACAGGUCGCUCUUCCUGGCAAUAUCGCGACUGCUUUGGGCCUUCGACUUCCUCAGGGCAAACGACGAACAUGGGCAGGAGAUCGUCCCAGAUAUGAGUGAUCUGACGGAGGGGAUGCUGAUACAACCCAGGCCCUUCAGGGCUGUGAUCACACCCCGUAACGCAUUCAAAGCUGAGUGUGUCCAGAAAGAAUGGGCGCAGAUGGCCGAGCUUCUUGAUGGCGAUCUCCAGUGGAGAGAUGUUCCCGAAGGACUCGUCUGGAGAGACUACGAGCCCGCCGAGGCUCAGGUGGCUACUAAGGCUUAGGAUGAUCACAAAAUCUCUUCUCUGCGUUGACUACAAAUACAGGUUGCGAUCUUAGGUUCUAUCUAUACAAAAUCCACAUGUAUGAUGCUUAUAGUGUACGAUCUGCCUAAAACAUCUACUAAACUUUAAUAUUGUCGAGUUUGUUCCGCUAUAUGUUAGUAAU